AUGGCCUUGACAUUAUAAUGGCAUUUCCCGCAGAAUAAUGAAAUUUUAAAAUCGUUUCCAUUUGCGUGUGCAAUUUAUGUUGACAUGCAUCAAUAAAGAAAUUAAACAUUAAAGAACAUCACACAGAUGUAUUUUAACAAGAAAUAAGUCUGAAAGUACUGUUCAAAAUGCGUUUAGUAAAACCUGCAUGGGUAAACCAUAAAGAUGGAAAGCCUAUUUUCUCAAUAGACAUCCAUCCUGAUGGUUCCAGGUUUGCAACAGGUGGACAAGGUGACGAUGCAGGAAAGAUCAUCAUCUGGAACAUGGCGCCUGUGCGUUCAGAGGAGGUGGAGAGGAAUGAAAGCAUUCCUAAGAUCCUUUGUGAGAUGGACAAUCACCUUGCAUGUGUGAACUGUGUCCGGUGGUCUGGUAAUGGACGCUACCUUGCCUCUGGUGGUGAUGACAAGCUGGUGUUGAUCUGGGAGAUAAGCAGGUAUGGGGCGGGAGGAAGUGUGUUUGGUUCUGACAGCAAGAUUGUGGAGUGCUGGAGACCCACUCACACCCUGAGGGGACAUGCAGGGGAUGUUCUUGACCUUGCCUGGGCCCCUGGCGACAUCUGGUUGGCCACCUGCAGCAUUGACAACACUGUCAUCAUCUGGAACGCUGAAAAGAUGCCUGAGCAGGUAGCCGUGCUGAAGGGCCACACAGGGCUGGUUAAAGGAGUCACCUGGGACCCUGUGGGCAAAUAUGUGGCCUCUCAGUCAGACGACAAGUCCCUGCGUAUCUGGAGGACAAGAGACUGGCAGCAGGAGGCCAUCGUCACUGAGCCUUUCAAAGAGUGUGGUGGUACAACCCAUGUGCUCCGCUGUGAUUGGUCGCCAGACGGUCACUAUGUUGUGUCUGCACACGCAAUGAAUAACUCAGGGCCUACAGCACAAAUAGUGGAACGAGAUGGUUGGAAAACCUCACUGGACUUUGUGGGCCAUAGGAAAGCCAUCACUGUUGUGAGAUUCAAUCCAGGGAUACUUAGCAAGAAAUUCAAGAAAGACUUAACAAAGCCUCAACAGUACACAUGUUGUGCAAUAGGGAGUAGGGACAGGAGCCUCUCCAUCUGGCUGACAGCUUUGAAACGUCCCUUGGUUGUGACACAUGAUCUCUUCAACAACUCCAUACUUGAUAUUUCCUGGGCAUCAAGUGGAACAGAGCUGAUGUGCUGUUCAUGUGACGGCACCGUGGCCUAUAUUCAGUUCAAACAGGAGGAGAUAGGAACACCCAUGUCCAGGGCAGAUAAGACCCAUUUGCUUGAGAAGAUCUACGGAAAGACAGUCACAAAGACCAGCGCCAGCAGUGUAGCUAAUCAGAUAAUCGAGUCUGCGGACAUUCUUAAACUGCAGCAGCAACGCCAAAAACAGCAGCAAAACAGCAGCAUUGUUCUGUCUCCUACAGAAAAGAGCAAGUCUGAGUCCAACGUGUUGGGAAUGGUGACACCUACAAAAUCCUCGUCAUCAUUUUACCGGGGAGUUGACAUGACGGGGUCCCCAUUUAAGCCGACAGAUAAACAGAUUGAGACAAAGACCCCUGAUGGCAGGAGAAGAAUCACUCCUAUAUUCCUGCCUGUGGAACCAGAUGUUGGAGGUGCUCCAGCCCCGUUCACAGGCUCAGAUGAGAUUCAGUUCCAGAGCUCCAAGGGUGGCAGCUCUAUCCAGGUGGAGAGGCAGGACAAAGUGACGCAGGGUGGGCUCCUCUCCCCCCAGCCCACAGGCUCCCCCAUGCGCCUGCCCAACCUUGAAAGCACGCCCAAGUCCAACCUUCCGCCCCCCACCAACCUCAUGUCUCCACUUGCAGGGGAGAAGACAUUUGAUGCCGUUGUGCUGCCUCUUGCUGCCCUUGACAAGGAGUCCCCCAAGGUUAGCCAGUCCCCAAAAGUGUCUGACACUUCCAAACCUCUGCCGAGCCCAAGCGAAAAGAAAUCCCUGUCCUCAAAGAGAAAACAUGACAAGGAUGAGCAGCCCAGGAAGCGUGGCCGCCCUAGACUGGUUGACAAGGACCGCGCCCGACACCAACACACCAUACCCUCCACACCUCCAGGGCCUGGCACACAAGGCACAUCACAUGUUCCGGAGCACAGGGAACCAGUCCGCCACGUUCAUGUGUCACAUGACCUCAUCCUGCCAGCACCAGCUGUGGUCAACAACUUCUCUGUCGUGGUGUUAAGGGGUCCUGGUGAUGGCGACCUUGCCAUUGAUGUGGACAAUUCCAUUCCAUCCGGAGGUGUGACCUUGAACAAGGUCAAGGUCAGCAGGGGAGGUAAUACCCUCUGGCAGACGGUGAUGUCUGCCCCAAUCAUAGCAGCUGCAGGGUCCAGGUUUAUAACCAUUGUGGCCUGUACAGACUGCUCACUGUCGGUAUUCAACGACAUUGGUCAGCGAGUGCUGCCGAGUAUAAUUCUACCUUCCAAGGUGGCCAUCUUGGAUGUGCUAGGUCAAUUCAUCCUGGCUGUCUCGUGCACAGGAAGUGUCUAUGUGUGGAACUUGAAGAAGAAGCAGUGUGUUGUGAAGAAUGAACAACUCUCAGGGAUCAUCAAGGGAUCAGAGACACUGAGUAAGGCGUACCUGGCUGCCGACGGAACACCAGUCAUAGUGCUGUCCAACCACAAGGCCUUCACCUUCUCUGUGGAAUACGGAACUUGGCUGCUGAUCCAGGACCGUUCAGACAAGGUAGCUCAGAGCUCCAGCCACUUCUACACACGGCCCAAACCAGGCUCCAAACAUUCCGGAACCCUCUCCAAUCUCCCUCAGUCUCAGGACAGCCAACGUGUGGUCCAGUGUGCGCCAGACUCACGCCAGUUGUGCACGCUGAACCACCUCGAGUCUCAGGUUAUGUCAUGCCUGGCACUUAAAUCGCCCACAGAGUACAAGUUCUGGAUGCACACAUACGUCCGAUACCUAGUCCAGGAAGGUGUUGACACUCGGCUACGUCAGGUGUGCACCAACCUCAUUGGACCGGUCAUUAACACAGGCAGCGUUAAUACAUGGGAAUCCACUAUACUGGGCCUUGACAAGAGAGCCCUGCUAAGGGAGCUGCUGCCCCUGUUCAGUGAGAACCUGAAGACCCUCCAGAGACUCUACACUGAGAUACAGGAGCAGCUAGACAUGGUGGAUGCAGCUCACCUCACAUGAUCUCAUAUCAUCUCAUAGUCUCACAUCCAGCGGUGCUGCAUUGUCUCACCGCCUGAAUGUAUAACAUUUCAUGUAAAUUAUGUUGUCAGAUGACUUCUGGUCAUUUUUUAAUAAACUUUGGUCUAUCAAGACCAGGCAUGGGUUACACAGCUUAUAAUAUAAUCUUGUAACCUCCGAGUAUCGGGAUGCUCUAUCCAUGUUACAUACCUAGUUCUAGACUUAUGACCUUGGUAUAUGGUGUGUAACGGUAGACUUUAACUUUUCUGUAUCAGCAGUUAUGUUACCUCAGGUAGUACAUGCUCAAAACUUAACCCUUUGCAUGCUGGGUAAUUUGUCUUCUGCUAAAAUGUCGUCUGCUGAAUUUGUAAAAUAAGCAUUUUCUUCAUUUUUUUUCAAAGAAUACUAUCAGAAUAGCAAACAGUUUGGAUCCAGAUGAGACGCCACGUUCUGUGGCGUCUCAUCUGGAUCCAAACUGUUUGCAAAGGCCUUUAAAAUUCGGUUCCCGCACUGAAAGGGUUAAUUACAUUUUAUCAUCACAUUGUCACAAUGUCGAAUGAUCUGCCAUAAUUGAAAGGCCUAUAAUGGGCCCAUGAUUCAAGACUUGAAAGGCUUUAAUUUGGGGCAUGUGAGUUUAUUGAAUCAGUUUCUUGUUUGACUAUGUUUAUGGUCAUUUCUCAUGUAGAUAGACAUAUAAGACACCAAGAUAUCUCCUCACUGUAACUAACUUCACACAAGUUACUGUACAGGUACAAGUAUAAGAUUGCAAGUGAUUCGCCAGUGGUUAAUAGAAUUGUAUAUAGGCUGUGUUUCAGAAACUUUUCCACAUGAAACCAUUGGCAACAGCUCCAGUUCUAGUAGUUAGAAGCAAUCGAUGUAUUUUAGUUUAGCUUGAACAGAGUAUUGGAUGUCACGUUCCAAUGUACUGGUGUUGAAUUAUCUGUUACAUGUCAGGUUCCAAUGUACUGGGGUUGAAUUAUCCGUUGCAUUUUUCUAUUUGCUUAACAAUAUGCAGGGACGUUUUUUUAUUUGCUUGUCUAUGCAUUCUGUAGCUGAAUUACACACCGUGAUUAAAAAAUGAAUAUCAGACGUUAAGUUCAGACUGGUCUGUAAAUAUUCAUGCACACAUACUAUGUUUGAUAUUUUUUACUUGCCUUGUGGCUAAGUUAAAUUUCAGAUUAAGUUUUCAACAUUAUUUGUGAAUGUUUUUCCUUGAGAGUCACUGUUGCUUCUAAUAAGUAUUCAAAGUUAGUGUGCAACACACAUUCAAAGGUUACCUUGCAGUUUAUAGUAUUUUAUAUUAUUUGUAUUUUUCUAUUACAUGUUGCAUAUUACUUGUACAUUCUAAUAGCUAAAAUACUUUCUAUUACCAUAUGAUAAAUCAAAGUAUAGCUUACAACAAAUGAAGCAAGAAUUUAGGAAGAAUUGUAAUGACAGCGUUUAUAACAUAGGGUACAUAGUUAACGUUUUUUUUUUACUUAAAAGUUUGCCAGGAUCAGAACAUAAUCUUUACGGGGAUAUUGAUUGUCACGAUUGUGACGAUUUUUUUUGCAUUGGACAGAACAUUGUCUAGUAGCCUUUUGUAUGCAUGUACAUUUUUUGAAUUUAUAGAGGGAACACAAUCACGGAGUGUAUAUUGACGAUUGGGCAGUGCAGAUGUUUUGAGUCAUAAUAGUGCUACAGCAAUCAAUAUGUGCUUAAAAGUCAUGCCAAAAGUUUGUCAUUUGUUACAUGUUUUAUUUUGUAUUUUGAUUAAUGAAUACAUUUUGAAACAAAUGC